GAGGAUAGUUGUUCACUGCAUUGCGGCUUGGCAAUAAGUGGCCCUUAGUGACAUAAGAUCUGGUGAUGCGACUGGCAUGAUUUUAUAAUAGGUUAGGUUUACUUAUGCGGCUCUUUCACGCUUCUACGCUCCUGAUGAGGGAAUAAUCGAGUUCGAAUUCUGGACAGUUAUUAAGCAAACGAAUUCUCGGAGAAGUGAACGUGUCACAGUUGUAGGUAGAAUGGAUGGUGUGCGCAUGCGUGGUCACUUUGAAGUUUUGAAUAAUGAGAUCCUGUUAUCGUGAUGUCAUCUGUCAACGGACUUCAAAGCGGCAUGACAGACGAAUGAAGAAGAAAUGGAAUGACUAUAAAAAAGAUCUAUGCCGCGACAAGAAGUGGCUCACAGCAGUGGAUCGACUGGACGAGUACGUAAAUGAUUACGAGAAUAUGUUUGGACAAUUAGUUAUUGUGGAAAAUAAUUAUUCGGACGGUACUUGGAUAGGAAGAGUAUUAAAACCUUUGGUGCAAUUGAAACGGGCUGUAGAAAAGAAUGAGAUUUACAAGAGACAAGCGUACAAAAAUCUAAAGAGAUCUAACGAGAUCAUGAAGAAUACAAUAUCAAAAUUGACAGAGGAGAUGAAGACUUGCAGGGAGAGUAUACGUGAGGAAUUCGUGAAUUUCGAAAACUUGAAUACCGAUCGUCUCAUCCAUAUGGAUCCGUCACAAAUAAUUCAUUAUAACGGACGUAGACCUGCGAUAAAAAAUGGAUAAAUCAUAAUUGUUCGAUUUUAUUGUUAAA